AUACAGGACCAGUUAUGCCUGUAACAUUAAACAUGAACAUGGCCAUGCCUUCUUGGUUUGAUAUAAUUGGACUUUCACCAGAUUCACAAGAGGAUGAACCUGGAAUUAAACAGGCAGCAGAAAAUUUGAAAGCUUUGAUAGAUCAAGAAGUGAAGAAUGGCAUUCCUUCUGACAGAAUUAUUUUAGGAGGAUUUUCUCAGGGAGGAGCUUUAUCUUUAUACACUGCUCUUACCACACAGCAAAAACUGGCAGGGGUCACUGCACUCAGUUGCUGGCUUCCGCUGCGUUCUUCAUUUACACAGGGUCCCAUCAGUGGUAUUAAUAGAGAUAUUUCUGUUCUCCAGUGCCAUGGAGAUUGUGACCCAUUAGUUCCCCUAAUGUUUGGCGCUCUUACUGUAGAAAAGCUAAAAACAUUGGUAGAUCCAGCCAAUGUAACCUUCAAAACCUACGAAGGCCUGAUGCAUAGUUCAUGUCACCAGGAAAUGAUGGAUAUCAAGCAAUUCAUUGAUAAACUUCUACCUCCAGUUGAUUGACUUCACUAAGAGGCCUUGUAUAGAAGUACACCAGCAUCAUUGUAGUAGAAUAUAAACCCUUUCCUGUGUCCAAUCUUGAAACUUCUAAAUGUUUGCAGUGUUAAAAGUUUUGCAAAUGCACACCAAUGACACAGACUAAAUAAUUUCUCCUCAUGGGAAAUUUAUGAUCCUUUAGUUUCUGUAAAUGCAUUUGUAUAUGAUCCAGAAUAUACUAGUAUUAAAAUAGAUGAAUCAGCUAGUUUCUUUCCCCAAAUGUAAUUUGGCAAAACAAUAAAAUACUGUAACCAAAUUUUUAUUACAUCAUUUGAAAAUUAUUAGUAGGCUUAGUGAAAACUUGUUCAGGUGUAAAUGAGCAGUUAUGAUAUUAAACAAUUUAUGCAUGCUGUGACUUAAUCUAUGGACUUACUCCAAAAUUACUUAGUCACCAUGCAGUAUCGGUAUUUUUAUAUUUGUAUUCAAAUAUACUUAAUGACUGCAAUAUGUAAGGAUGAAGUGGUAUACAUUUUCAAAGAGGUGGUAUUACAUUAUUCCUAAUAAUAGGGACAAUGUUUCUAAGUCAGUAAGGAGUAAUAUUUUCUCUUCAGAUAAUGGCCCUUUUAUUUUAGGGACCAGACCUUUCUUUCCCCACUUAGCAUUUCUAUUAAAUUUUUUUCCUCUACGGAAGAAAUGUGUUUUUUUCAUUAACCAUCAUAACAGACCAAGUAUUCCAUCCUUGACAUAGAUAUGUGCUAUCAAUAUAUGCUGUAAUUUGAUACUCUGAAUCGUAGAUAUGGUGUUUAAAGUGUAUUUAUUCUUACAUAAAGAAACCAGGCAUUACUUCAAACUUCCUACACUUAAUUGCUGACACUAUACUUUAGUUCAGAGUUAAAUCUAUUUAAUUAUUAGAAUUACCAUUCUAGAUAUUGAGUAAUUUGGGUUUUAAUUUUCUGUAAUCAACUGAACAUUUGAUUAGGUCACAAUCUAGUAUGUUCUGGGCUUUUUAAGAUUUAUCUUAACUGUAACUUUUGAGAUGAUUCUCCUUAGAGAAUUUUAGUUUACUUAUUUUUAUAUAUGUUUGAAAUCAACUACUGUAGGAAAUGAGGAAUCCCUUAGAAAAACUUGCUUUACUUUUAUGUGACAGUUGACUUAAUUGAGAUUUUCACUUUAGUUGUGUUUUUCAACUAGUUUUUGUGCAAACAUAAAAAUAGAAAUUAUUUGAUUUCAAGUAGUCAAAUCUUUCAAAUUAGUGGUAAAAAUUAUUUGAAGCAAGUAUAUGGGUAAUAAAAGUUUUGUCAGAACUCAGUAUAGUUGGUAGUGUUACCACAGUUUAAGGUGUACCAAAAAUGUACAUUCAAUAUACUCAAACUGUUCACUUUUCUGCUGUAUUCCAACUGACUGAAAAAAUGUUAGGAAUGCAUUUUUAUAAAUGGGUGCUAAUUGAUAAUGGAAAUAAUUUAGUGAUGGAUUAUAUAGAAUGUUAACAGUGAAGCCAUAUGUUUAUCUCUGGAUUUAAAAUUUUUAAACAAUCACUUAUGACAUUAUUUUGCUUUACCUGGAAGAAUGUAAACUGUUUUAGUUAUAUAAAUCAGCAAGCUCUAAUUUAUGGCCAGAAAUUCCGUUGAAACGUUGUGCUAUAAUGUGGGAUAUAUAAAUCUUUUUUCAUGGUUUCUAGCAAUGUGAAAUAAAAUUUAAUUCUGACUUUUCUGUGACUGCCUUUUUGUAUGUUAUCUUUACUCUUUGAUUAAUGAACUGAAUGUCUGAAAAUGAGUAAAAUGACAGUGUAAUUACAAGAAUCUGCAGAAAGUUUUGAUGAUAGUUUAGGGUUGGCCUGAAAUGGAUCCAGGCAUAAUGAAAGCGCUUGUCACUCAAUAAGGUGGAAAACACUUAUAAUUUGUUUUUCUGUGUUUCUAGCUUAUGUAUGAAGUUUUAGUGUGUUCCUCUGUCUCUUCCUUUUUUCUAGUAUUUACAGGAGUAACUUAAUGCCAUUAAUCAGUUAUCUAAAUAGUUUUUCUCCUCCUAUUUCUCCUCCUAUUGACUUCUAACUUCUCCCAAUAAAGAAAUUCUUUCUGUUCUGUCUCUUA